UUUGAAGUUGCGUUCAUGGUGCAGAUGUUAUUUUAAGAUUAAGGUAUUACUGCAUAGCUUGUUUAUGUCUACGAGGCCUUUUAAACUAUUGUUGCACACGCUAAAUUGUACACUCUGGUCUCUAUUGUUUUCUUUCUUUUGACUUUUAGAAGCUUUGAAAUGCUUUGUCACGCUGCACUGUUAGGUGAAGACAUUUAUACCCCAUUCAGAGACAUCUGAGAGAACUGACUGCUAGCUAGCUAAGAGCUAAGCUAUCUGACACGAGUAUGAUGUCUCAAUGAAUACGUCGGGUUGUCGUUGAUGUAAUGAUUGUGAUGAUGUCAAGGCGACAUUGUCAUGUCUCUCUCCUUGAGAUGCUGUCUUAAAACCACGUCCCCUUGUUGUGUUGCUGACGUUCGCCUUGUGAGUGUGGAGCGAUAACUCGUCAUUCGGUUAGUCAGUUCUUCGCGUGUUAGCGAAGGAAAGCUCCGGUAAAAAUUUUUUUUAAAUAAGAACCACAAGAUUGUCUUUUGAAGCACAACUUUGUAGAGCAAAGUUAUUUUAUCGGAGUGAGUUUUGAAGCACAUUUAGGUGUGAACAAACGUCGAGUUUGGUCUCGAGUCUUUGCGUUCUUAGGAGUGGAAGAUGUCGCUGUACAGGGGCAUCGGCGGCGAUCAGUACAUGAGAAAACGCAUACCGAAGAAUGCAAAGUAUCAGCACAUCAAAACAAAACUGGACACAGGAGUCAGCCUCACUAAAUAUUUGGAGCGUCUUGAGGACAUUAAAAAGAACUACAAGUGCAACAGGGGUGAAAUCUUCAAACGCUUCAAAGUGUCAACAUUUGCAGAAUUGAUACUUCAGGUGGCGUCUGUGUCAGACCUCACUGAAGGCAUCAGUGGCGAUUCAUCUCACAGCCUUGACGAAGGUGACGCUGUGAUAGAGUCCAAACACGCUAAUGGCUCAGCAGAGACCUCGCCACUGUCCGAGACUCAGCACAGCAUACAGGACCAGGAACACAGCCAGCCCCCCAGGUCCACGCUGUUAAGCGUCAUCAAUGGUGUUGGCGAGCUGAACAUGAACGGGGACAAAGCCAAGCCGCUGGAUGAGCCAGACGCCAAUAAGCCGUACCCAGACUGCCCCUACCUGCUGCUGGACGUGCGUGAGCGCGAUCAGUACGAGCAAUGCCACAUCAUCAGCGCCCACAGUUUCCCCAUCGCCAUGCUGUCGCGGACCAUGAAUCCCUACACCAGGGAAGUACUGGACUAUAAAAAUGCCUCUGGCAAGAUUAUCAUUGUGUACGACGAGGAUGAGCGCAUCGCCAGCCAAGCGGCCACCAUCAUGCAUCAACGAGGCUUUGACAACCUCUUCCUGCUCAGCGGAGGUCUCAAGGUCAUUGCUCAGAAAUUCCCAGAGGGGAUGACGACUGGGCCCCUGCCUCCUACCUGCCUGCCUCCUCCCGAACCGACAAAGUGGAAGAAGUGCAUUCCACCGCCGCCGCCGCCAUUCUCGCAAGUGGCGGAGAAAAGAUGGAGGUUUACUGCGGACGAACUUUCCAGGAUUGAGGGGCAGCUGGACAACAUUGCCAUCACGAGUAGCAGCAGUCGUACGUCCAGUCGCAUGUCCACCUGUAGCAGUCUGUCCAAAGUCUCCAGUGUUCAAAGCCGUCAGAUGUCCUCUCUGUCCGGGAGGGACAGCGGUCGGGUUCAUAGGCCCUGGAAGUAGCCCCGCCCAUCCCCUCACCCAAGAGUGAAGUAUUUUCUCCUGCUGGCAGCAUUAGUUUCUGCUAACACAGUCAAUGAAUGUGUUUGCACUCCAAUGAAGAUGUCACUACUCAGAUCUGUGGAUCAUGUAAGUAUUUUUAUUAAUAUUUAAUGUGCACGCUGGUCAUGGCCAGCUGGGACAAAAUGUCUGAGUGUGCGUGUGUGUUUGGCGUGUGUAUAUACCACCUACCUAAGUCCUGAACCACUGAAUGUGAGUACAAUAAGACGCAUUUCUAAUGCUGUACUGUCACACAAAUGUCUUGACAGUUUUAUUUGGUGAUGAAGACUGAUCGUGUUGGAAUGAAUGAAUGUGUGUUUGAUUCACUGUUGCAUUGCCAGUGUAACAAAGUUUUGCUGCCUUCCUUGUUGUGGGCUUCACAUCCCAAAGAUCAUGUGAACAGAAGUGAUUUAUUUCUUUUUUCUUCUACGUGGCCUUGAAAUCUGGUCUGGUCUCAUGAUUUAAUAAAAUGGUUUACUGGAAUUAUUUCAUGUUAUUG